GAGGAGGAGGGGGGAGAGCGUCGUGGGGUGGAGCUAGUUCACAAGGUUUGAUUGGCAUAGGGGGAAGACGCGGAGGUGCGUGAGGGCAAGUUGAUGAAUCUCAUUUAGAAAGACCAGUGCUUUUGAGAAGAGGGAAAACAGCACAAAUAUUGGGAUUAGACCCAACGUCGUUUUCCGAGAAAGAAAACGAAGAGGACGAACAGGGGAGAUAAAGGAAGGACAGGAGAGCGAGAGAGAGAGCUUGAUCCUUAGAUUGGACCCUGACAGAACACGCAUCUGCUUCGGUAGUCUGCGGUCGAUUGCAGUGUGAGUGCCCGUGCGUCUCUCUAGGCUGUGAGAGAGGGUGUUUGCGUGUGGCUUUUAGAAGUCUUGGGACUGAGGAGCGCGCGGUCACCAACAGGGCACAACAGUCCUCCCGCCCCCCCCCCCCCAAAAAAAAAGGAAGAAGAAGAGAGAAGGAGAAAAAGGAGAGAGGCGAAGGAGUGACAGAUGGCGAGAGGGGAGGCAUGCAAGUCAAGAAGGUAUAAGUGAGAUUACAGAGAGCGUCGGAGACGAAAACGAACGAGCGAGGUUAACGAACGCAAUUAGGCAUGCAUGGCCGCUCGCUCUGCCGGUGGCAUGGUAACGACCGGGGCCGCUGGCCGCUGCGUGCUGGUGUGUGAGGGUGAGCGGGGUGACGAGGGGAUCGCAGAGCCCAGGUCUGAACAGGCAGCAGCCUCCACAGAGCAGCGUCGACGCAGAGGACCAGUCGCUCCCUGACAGACCCCGGCAAGCGCCCGGCUCCAGCCCUAGAGACUCUUUGCUCCCUGCUCUCUUCCCUUCACCUCCUCUCCCUACGUGCUCUUUCCUAUUUUGGUCACUGCUGCUUAGCUCGUCUCCUCCUCCUCCUCUCCCCCGCCCCCCUCCUUUCGCUUUCACUCCUCCUCUGCUCCUCCCUCCCAAUUCCUCCCCCUCUCCUCCCUCCCUCCCUCCCUCCUUCUCUCUGUCUCUCUCUGUCUCGUUCUGUCACACUAACCGUGUUGGAUGCCGGAGUCGCUCAUACGGAAGCCACCUCGCUCGGAGCAGAUUUGCUUGGCCGCUUUUUUUCUGCCGAGUCGAAUGAGUGGAGUGGUCUCAGGUCAAGCAACCCAAGUUGACUAAGAGGACAGAUACCAGGAGGGGGAUGGCCAAUAAGUAAUAGGGGAGCAAAGCAAGACUCGGGACAACAGCUAACAGAAGACACUGUGCAUGAGUGUGUGUCCUUGCGUGCCUGAGUGUGUGUACGGAGCUCUCAGAGAGGAGUGGGCUGUGCGUGUACUCCUGCGACUGCACAGAGGGGCCGAUAAGCGGGUUGCUCCGCCAGGGAUACCGUGACCCUGGAGCCCCAUGUGGGCCCCAGCCCCUGAGGCCUGGCUGGGAGAUGAAGCCUUCCCCUGGGCUCUAGGAGCGCUGUGGGCAGCCAUGGCUCUGGAGGGGGACUGUCUCCGCCGGGGAUCCCCUGCGGUGGUUAGGAGAGGCACCCUGCGCCCUGCGGUAAGGCCCGGCCUCUCUCAGAUCACCUCCACCCUGCUGGCGAGGACACGUCUGCACGGCCUACGGCAAGUGUGUGUACCCGGUGGCUCCAUCGGCCACAGAACCUUCUGGCUGCUAGCUCUGUGCACCUCCCUGGGCCUGCUCUUGUCCUGGUCCUCCAACCGCCUCCUUCACUGGCUCUCAUUCCCCACUUACACGCGAAUCCACACCGAGUGGGCCAAGGAGCUGCCUUUCCCCACCGUCACCAUCUGCAACAACAACCCCAUCAGACUCUACAAGCUCACCAAGAGCGACCUGUACUUUGCGGGCCACUGGCUGGGCCUGCUGUUGGCCAAUCGGACCGUCCGACCCCUAGUGCUGGACCUGCUUCAGGACGACCACCAGGCCUGGUUCAGGAAGCUCUCCGACUUCAGACUGUUUCUGCCCCCCAGGAACUUUGAAGGCACCAACCUGGAGUUUAUGGACCGUCUGAGCCACCAGCUGGAGGACAUGCUGCUGUCCUGCAAAUACAGAGGGGAGCCCUGCGGGCCCCACAACUUCACCUCCGUGUUCACCAGGUAUGGGAAGUGCUACAUGUUCAACGCGGCAGAGGAGGGCAAGACCCUACGCACCACCAUGAAGGGCGGCACAGGCAACGGCCUGGAGGUCAUGCUGGACAUCCAGCAGGACGAGUACCUCCCUGUGUGGGGCGACACAGAGGAGACAGCGUUUGAAGCUGGGGUGCGGGUGCAGAUCCACAGCCAGGCGGAGCCUCCCUUCAUCCACGAGCUCGGCUUCGGAGUGGCUCCGGGGUUCCAGACUUUCGUGGCCACGCAGGAACAGAGGCUGACUUACCUGCCACCCCCGUGGGGGGAGUGUGAGUCCAGGGCCCUGGACUCUGGCUUCUUCCAGGUGUACAGUGUGACAGCCUGCAGGAUUGACUGCGAGACUCUCUACAUCAUAGAGAACUGCAACUGCAGGAUGGUACACAUGCCUGGCGAUGCUGCAUUCUGCACUCCUGAGCAGUAUAAAGACUGUGCUGAGCCUGCCCUUGCUAAGCUGUCCAUGCUGGAGAGCAGUAAUUGCAUCUGCAGGGCACCAUGCAACAUGACUCGCUACAACAAGGAGCUGUCCAUGGUGAAGAUCCCCAGCAAGACCUCAGCACGCUACCUGGAAAAGAAGUUCAACAGGUCGGAGAAAUACAUCACGGAUAAUAUCCUUGUCUUGGACGUGUUUUUUGAGUCUUUGAACUAUGAGACCAUAGAGCAGAAGAAGGCGUACGAGGUGGCUGGUUUAUUAGGUGAUAUUGGUGGUCAGAUGGGCCUGUUCAUUGGUGCAAGCAUCCUUACCAUCCUGGAGCUGUUUGACUAUGCUUACGAGGUGGUGAAGGACAGACUGCUGGAUCUGCUGAGCAGAGAGGAGGAGGAGGAGAGUCAUGGAGAGGAUGUGAGUUCCUGUGACCCGGUGGGGAACCAUUCAGAGGGCGUCAGCCAUACGGUGUCUAUGCCCCUGCAGACCACCCUGGGCACGCUGGAGGAGAUCGCCUGCUGAGUCCCCCACCCUGCCCCCCCAGCCCCCCAGCACAGAGGGCUUGGAGCUCUGGCCAGAGGGGGGUGCCACCCAGGAACCACGCUUCUCCUAGGCAGGACGGAGAGAGACAGCUGGGAGGGGAAGGCCUGGGUACUGUCUACAAGCCCUGCCUACUGGCCUUCCUGCAGCGGCUAGGCGAGGGAAGGAGCUGUCACAAGAACAGGCUGAGCCUCUUUGGUGUUGUACUGUUAAACCAGGAGGAUCGCAGCCUCCCCUCCUCUCCCCCUCCACGGCUCCCAGAGACCUGUGUGGAGGCACUGGCUCUCCUCACACACACACACACACACAGUACACACACACAUAAACACACACUCUCGCAAUACAGACACAUAGCUUACACAGCAAAACCGUCAGGAUGGGGCCAGCCCUGUACAGGACAUCUGUAAACGCCUCACCAUUAAUCAGUCUGCGCUCUACUGCCAACACUGUUCCGUAGACAGCUGGGAACUGUUCAAACUGCAUGCGCCUCUAUCUUUUGGAUUCGGCCUCUCACUAUCUCUCUUUCUUCAAUGCUGAUGCGUAUGCUGGACUGCAAUGUUGCUUUGCUGUACAUGUACGUGCCAUGUGCCAUAUGCUGUGUGUGUCUCUCUCUCUCUCUCUCUCUCUCUCUCCCUCUCCUCUCUCUCUCUCUCUCUCUCUCUCUCUCUCUCUCUCUCUCUCUGUGUGUGUGUGUGUGAACUGCCCUGCCCUGGACAGGGCAGGCCAAGAACUAGAAAUAGAAUCUGCAGAUUGGAUAUGGUUCUUUAUAUCAGAUUUCAUAUGUGACCUACCGUGUCCAUCUUGUCGAUUCUUUUUUAAGGGUGGCAAAUAAUGUCUUGGAGUGUGACUGUUGGUACUGUUGACAAUACAUAAAGGUUUAACAAUGUAGAUCCAUCCCGUGUAAAUUAGGCUGCAAAAAUGUAUUUAAUUCAUACAAAGUGACUCUUUCAAAGUCAGUAUUUAAUUUUUUUUUUUUAUGUCAGCUUUGAUUACAUCAGUUUGAAUGUAAACAGAUGUAAUGCAGAUUUCCAGGUCACUGAGCUGUUUCAUAAAGAUGUGUUGAACCAGCACUACAUUCUGACGAGAAAUCUGAAAUUCAAUUUAAAUGAAUUAGACUCCAGGUUAUGCCCAGCUAGUCAGGGGGUGUGGAACAUUGUUUUCCUGGAAGAGAACAUGCCUAAGCCAAAUGUCUCUCAUAAUUACCUGACUUGAAGGCCCUCUAGGGCUAACACCUCAUCAUUGGCAAGCACAUCCACUAUCAAAACACACCCCAAACCCAAGCAAGAAACGAAAGGAUCCAUCACGUCAUCUUUUUUAUUUUGUUAUUAUGAAAAUGCUGUGGAUAAUUAGGUGUUGACGUACAUUGAAUUCAGCUGGAACAAUUUUUAAGGUUGUUGUUUUUCCCCAUUGCAGGGUGUAUUGUAUAGUGCUGUAAAAAUUGCUGUUGUGCUCAUAAACGGGUACCAGGCCAAUGAGUGAGUCAUCUCGACAGACGAAUCAGACAGCCUUUCACCAGACAGUAUGAGAUCAGUCAUGGUGUCCCUUAGUAGCCGUGAGUUUAGAGAGGUUUUGAGGAAGGAAAGCAGGCCAUGCAAUGAGCAGCUCACUGGGUUCACUUCCCAAGGAAUCAUGGUUUCAUGUUUAUGCUGAGCCUUUCCGCUCGAUUUUCGACCAUGAAUGCGACAUGACAACCACGUGCAGCGUAUCCAUUAUUCAUCGUAUCAUAUCACGACCCGAUCCACACACUGCCUCUGUUGUCAUGGUAAUGUAGAGAACUGGGUGUGUGAACUGUUGGUUUCUUGUCCUGAGGUUGACCCUGCUGUGUUGAACCUCUCAUCAUGAUGUAUGCCUUACAGCCGGCGUCCAGCCUGGCCUGGGACGAGCUCCGUACAGGUCUGGACUCGUGGGCCGCCGUGAACAUCGCCCUGGGCUGCGUUUCCCGAUAACGAUGGAUCGUAGGAACGAUCGAGUCAAAAACGAAACCAUCGAUAUUUCUUACGUGCGUUUCCCAAACAUGCUCGUAAGGAGUAGGCUAAUCUACGCGCUUUCAAGAGCUACAAAUUUUCAAGGGGACACUUUAGCUACGAUGGCUUUGGGAACGGCCCGUAAAACUAAGAUUCGUCGAACGAUGGAUUCUACGAUCAACUUAGGCUUACGACGCUUUUGGGAGACUCAGCCUAGGGCUGCGUUUCCCGAAAGCGGAGAGCUUGAUAAGAAAUAUUGAUGGUUUAGUUUUUUGCUCGAUCGUUGCUACGAUCGAUCGUUAUCGGGAAAUGCAUCCCUGGUCGUUUGUAUCGCUUUGAUUUUCCAUUGUUCUUUGCAGGGCCGAUUUUUUCGUUUUGUGAUGUUGGCUACAGUAUGUGUUUUUAAUGUGAAACGAUUAAAAAAAACACACGUUAUUUUGGAGCA